AGGGCGGUACGAGGGUGGGACUUGGCGUUGAUGUUUUGGAACAUCAAAGGUGGACAGGGUUUUCGCGGAGGUCGCUUCUCAGAUAUCUCCACAAUUACAGAUUGGGGAUCUUCCAAAAUCAAGACAAUUGGUGCAUAUGGCUAUGUCUCUUCACCUUACAAUUUGUAUGGCACUUUGGCCCGGGAUUGUGGUGUGGUAGGGGUGAACGGGGGAUAAUCCCACACGGGAGUUUCGAACAACAUCUAGUUCACGUUUGGCUGGAUAUCUCCACCACCACACGGGGUAUGCGGUCGGCGAUGGGGUCCAAAUGCUCGUAUGAUCGAGGGCUUUUCGAUGGAUCUAUCGGCGGGUUCUUAUUCGAAAAAUCGAGCGAGUUCGUGGUGGGGCGGUUGAGUAUAUUAUAAUACACUAUACAUUAUCUAAUAGUCUCAGAGU